CCACGAAUCGCCCUGGGGGCGUAGCCACGCGUCUCUGCCCCACACCGCGUGCGCGUUUGGGGGCGUGGCCACUGCAGAUGCGCUCAGCUUUGUUUGUGUGGCCGCUGGAGCCUAUCUGUCCUUAUGACAAACACUGUCACUGAGCAAGUUGGUUCCACUGCAGACUUCCAUAGAAGGUGUUUGGUUAUGUCGACAUGUGGCAUGUAAUUUGUUGGUGUAUUUUCAAGCCAACAACACCGGUACGAAGUUUCUCCACAAGUUGUUUGAAAUAUGCCAAAGCCCGAGGCCUCAGGAUAAAGAAAGAGCUUUCUGAAAAGAAACUGACCCGUUACUUUGUGGAUCAUCGGAAAGUCACUGUCUAUGGAGGGAGAGGUGGUGAUGGAAUAUGCACCUUCCACAGUGAGCCCCGCAAAGAGCUUGGAGGACCUGAUGGUGGAAAUGGAGGGGAUGGAGGACAUGUCAUUUUAAAAGUUGCUCGGCAAAUAAAAUCACUGUCAACCAUUCUAUCCUUUUAUCGUGGUCAUGAUGGAGAAUCCGGAGGAAGUAAAAACUGUUAUGGAAAAAAGGCAGCUCACACUUAUAUAUUGGUGCCACUUGGUACUGUCGUCAAAGAAAAUGGGAAGAUUGUGGCUGAUCUCUCAUCUCACGGAGAGGAAUAUGUUGCUGCCUAUGGGGGACUCGGUGGCAAGGGCAAUCGUUUCUUUCUGUCAAAUGAAAAUCGGGCACCGAUGACCGCAACCCCUGGGGAGCUUGGUCAGGAACGGGUCUUGCAGAUGGAGGUCAGGACCAUGGCUCAUGCUGGGAUGGUUGGUUUUCCCAAUGCUGGAAAAUCCUCUCUUCUGCGAGCAAUCUCAAAUGCCCGGCCAGCAGUAGCAGAGUACCCAUUUACCACAUUAAACCCUCAUGUUGGUGUGGUACACUAUCAAGACUUUGAGCAGAUUGCAGUUGCAGAUAUCCCAGGAAUCAUCAGAGGGGCUCACAGAAACAAGGGCCUAGGAAUUGCUUUCCUGAGACACAUUGAACGUUGCCGCUUUCUACUGUUUGUGCUUGAUCUUUCAAAGCCAGAACCUUGGCAGCAGCUGGAAGAUUUAAAGUAUGAACUGGAGCAGUAUGAUGGAGGAUUAUUAGAGAGACAAUUUUGUAUCAUUGGGAACAAAAUAGACCUUCCAGAGUCAAAAACCAACCUUGUGCUGUUUCGAGAAAAAUUAAGACAGCAUGUAAUAAUUCCAGUAUCGGCACUAACUGGUGCAAAUCUUGAAGAACUUAUAUUGCGUCUCAGGGAACUUUAUGAUGGAUACCUGGAGGAUACCCGAAUUAAAGGCUGCAUGCCAGUCAAGUGGUAAAAUUAUACUUGGGGAAAUAUAUCUUCAAAAUAAAUUAUUAAACUUGUCAAAAAAUUAAA